UGGGGUCAUUUAUUAGCACUUUCAACAAUGGAGGGGGAAAAUCUUCAGCAAAACAGAAGCCCUUCCUGGCCUCCUCGGAGUACUUAUAAGAGCUUGCCACUCUCUUCUCCGCGCUCAUCGCCGCCGCCGCCGCCGCCUGAAAAUGGACGCCACGGCGAGGCUUCGCCGGCCGCGAAAGCUGCGGCGACCACCACCCAACGAAAGCCUGGCGGAUGGAGAGCCAUGCCUUACGUCUUAGGAAAUGAGACAUUUGAGAGGCUAGCAUCAGUGGGGUUACUAGCAAACUUCUCAAUUUUCUUGUUGACAGUGUAUCACUUGGACCUAGUUGAAGCUGCAAAUAUGAUGGGCAUAUGGACAGGAGUCACAAGUUUCAUCCCCCUGUUGGGUGCCUUCAUUUCCGAUUCUUACCUGGGCAGGUUUUGGACCAUCGCCGUCUCCUCCAUAUUCGAAAUCUUGGGAAUGCUGAUAUUUACCAUAAUAGCCCUGGUUCCAAGCCUCCGUCCACCGGCGUGCAACACAACCCAACCGCAGGGCUGCAAAGGCCCGACAAAUUCACAGAUGGGUUAUCUGUUCCUGGCUCUGGGCUUCCUCGCCAUCGGCAGCGGCGGAAUCCGGCCGUGCAGCAUCCCCUUCGGCGUGGACCAGUUCGACGCCACGACAGAGGAAGGCCGGAAGGGGAUCACCAGCUUCUUCAACUGGUACUACACUUCUUUGAUGGUGGUGCUCAUCUUCUCCAUGACAGUCGUGGUGUAUAUCCAAGACUCCGUGAGCUGGGCGCUGGGGUUCGGCAUCCCCACGGGGCUCAUGCUCCUCUCCAUCGUGCUGUUCUUUCUCGGCAGGCGCGUCUACGUUUACGUUAAGCCGCAGGGGAGCGUCUUCUCCGGCGUUGCUCAGGUGUUCGUAGCGGCGUUCAACAAAAGGAAAGUUAAGCUCCCAGAUGAUACCAGUAGCUAUUAUGAUCCUCCGGUUACAUCCCUCGCCGGGAAAAAGCUUCCCCUCACCAAGGAUUGCAGGUUUUUAAACAAAGCAGCGGUGAUAACAGAAGGAGAUUUGAAGGCAGAUGGAACACCUGAUAGCAACUGGAAUCUAGUAAGCAUCCAUCAAAUGGAAGAAGUGAAAUGCCUAGUGAGAAUCAUCCCAAUCUGGGCAGCCGGAAUCGUAUGCUUAAUCGCCGUAACUCAACAGGGCACCUUCACAGUGUCACAGGCUCUAAAAAUGGACCGCCAUCUCGGCCCCAACUUCCAAAUCCCCUCCGGUUCCCUCUUCGUCAUCUCCAUGAUCACCAUCGCGCUAUGGAUCCCCGUGUACGACCGCCUCCUCGUGCCGCUCAUCCGAAAGAGGACCAAAAUCGAGGGCGGGAUAACAAUGCUCCAAAGAAUCGGGAUCGGACUCGUGUUCUCUAUCAUAGGUAUGAUCGUGUCGGCACUAGUGGAGAGGAAGCGGCGGGCCGCCGCCGUGUCGCAUGGCGGCGCCGACGGUGUCGCCCCCAUCACCGUCAUGUGGCUCGCCCCGCAGCUGAUCGUCAUGGGAUUCGCCGAGGCGUUCAACAUCAUCGGCCAGAUUGAGUUCUUCAACAAGGAGUUCCCGGACAGCAUGACCAGCGUGGCCAACUCCCUCUACUCCAUAACCUCCGCCGGCGCCAGUUACCUGAGCGUGGUGUUAGUGAACGUGGUGCACAAAACCACCGCUCACGGCGGCCGGCCCGAUUGGUUGACCAAAAACGUCAACGCCGGAAAACUGGAGAAUUACUACUUGGUGAUUGCGGGUUUGGGAGUGGUGAAUUUGGGAUAUUUUGUGUACGUUUCUCGGGGCUAUCAUUACAAGAGCAGAGUGAGAAUUGAGGAGGACGAUAAUCAAAAGCCAUUCAUUAAUGAUAUUGAGCUUAACAGGAAUGUGAAUAGUAAAGAAUAAAAGUGUAAAAUCACUUCCGAUGUGGAGUGGUACUGUAGUAGUAGUAAAGGGUGAAAGUGUAAAAUAAUUUAAGACAUUAGCAUAUCCUAUUAUCUAU